AUGUUCGGCGAUGAUCGACGGCGACAAAUCAACCUCGGAGGAGCGACGACUACGGCGUCCCAUGCAGCUAUUCUCGCUCAGGCGCAGCAGGAAAGGCAGCGACGGCAUCUGGAAAAGCGACAACUCGAUGCCAGUCGUGUCAUCCAGUCCCACUGGCGUGCUUAUGCCGCCAAACUAAGCGUUCGUCGAGAAAUGCUUGCUCAAUUUGACCGCGAACCGAUUGGGACCAUGCUCUCAACGCGCUUGCUCAUCUUUGGCGGAUGCGAGAGGUCGCGGCUUGUGGCAUGGACAAGAGCAGCGAGCGAUGCUGGUGAAGCGACAAUAUUAGGACUCUUGACUGGUCCACAAUCGAACAGCUGGCUUGUGCUCAUGCGGCAAAUCGCACAUUACAUGCUCCUCCAAACCGCUGCAGACCCUCAAUCCUCAGACUCCCUGUUAUUCCUACAAUUCAUCAACCUGCUCUCAAAGAAUCGCCCACUCUCCGAAACCGCUAAUGUGCCCGUAGCAGAGCAGAUCAUCGGGUACCUAUUGGCAAGAGAUCUGUAUCCUAAACUGUCCUACUGUAUAAUCUCUUUUCCUGUACAAUCCAAGUCGGCGCCUCAAUUGCUAGAACUCGUGACCCUAGCGGUCGCACCAUUCAGGCUAUUUUCUACAUCACAUCCAUACUACCGACAAUCCUUUGUGGGGAUUAUAAUCAACAUCCUCACCAUCCCACUAUUGCCCAAUCGGAUCACCGUACCAGCCCUCUUGACUCUGUCCUCCAACACCCCCUUUGCCUCCUUCGACCUUGUUUCAUCUUCACCCUUGUUCCAACAGAUCCCUUCAGAUGUCCGUCGCCUCCAUCUUCUUGCAAACCUUCUCGUUUUCGUGGCCCCUCGUUACGCAUCGAGUCCGGCAUCGCUCAACAAUACGUCACUGGAGUCCUACUUGCGACUCCUUAAUACCAUACUGAGCGAGCUCCCGGUCAAUGCAUUGGACCAGUGGAAACCCAAGAAACAACAAGUCGAAUUGGCCGCUGGAGAGGACUCUGACGAUUCUACGAAGCAAUUCAAGUCGCAAGUGGUCGAAUCACGGCCUAGUAUUUCCGUGCCCGAUGCCAAAACGGCCUCGAGGCUUGCGAAUCUUGUUUCGCAGGAGCACAUCACCUCCUUACUCGCCCUAUCCGAGAAGUCGAUCGCUAUAUGGCACCAAAUCAUCCAUCUCCUGGUCAAUAUUCUCUCCAAAUGGCCUGGGAGACGCGAUGGACUUCUUACCACAAUUGCUACUGGUCCACGUGGACCCAUAGUAUUCAAGAAGUUGUGGCGAGACUCUGUAAGGGGGUCGCAUCUGGGGAAAGACACUGGCGGAAGGUCAAUGCGAGAUGCCAGAUUUGUGAAUGACUGGCCUCCUCUCAUUCUCCUCGUCGAGUUAUAUACACAGGCACUGCUCACGAUGAGCGACGACGAAUUUUUUGCGAGUAGUCCAGCAGGUGGCACAGUGUCCAGAAAUCCGCUCAUCAUUGGAGAAGUGACAGCUCUUUCGCGACAACUGUUGAACAUUGUCUUCCCUCUCUACUGGACGGAAGAUACGAAUGAGAUCAAGGAUGGAACCGUACCUGGGAUGACUCUAACAUGGGAGAUGGUCAGAGAGCGAAUCACCAAAUGCCUACAGGCUAUUCAUGCACGAGAUUCACGUCGACCGUUUACGCCUGCAGGUCACUGGCUCGUCAGCGACCAAUUUGACGUCAAGUCCUUUGUUGCAGCUGCCAUUGCAGAGGAAGGACAAUUGGAUGAAGGUAGCCAUCCGCGACUACUCACCAAACGAGAGCUCGCGUAUAUUUCCCCCAGACUCGGGAUCCUCAACAACAUACCUUUCUCCAUACCAUUCGAGACGCGGGUUUCCAUCUUUCGCUCGUUCAUUCACAACGAUCAAGUCAAAUUUGACGAUACCUUUAACGGGAGCAGUCUUUUCAAGCAUCGAGUGACCAUACGACGUGACCGUGUGUCACAAGAUGGAUUUGACCAUUUAAACGAUCUUGGGCCGGCGUGGAAGGGCCGACUGGCCAUUCAGUUUGUCGACCAGUUUGGUCAAGAGGAAGCUGGGAUCGACGGAGGCGGUGUCUUCAAAGAGUUUUUGACGUCCUUGAGCAAAGAAGUGUUUGACACCGACAGAGGACUCUGGCUCGCGACAAAGCAACAGGAGCUAUACCCAAAUAGCCAUUCGUAUGCCAAAGAACCACAUCAACUCAACUGGUAUCGGUUCAUUGGCCGGGUACUAGGCAAGGCCUUAUACGAGGGCAUUCUUGUCGACGUUGCAUUCGCCGGAUUCUUCCUAGCCAAAUGGCUUGGAAAGCAAAGCUACUUGGACGAUCUAGCGUCUCUCGAUCCUGAGCUCUAUCAAGGAUUGAUUUUCCUCAAGAACUAUACCGGACGAUUUGAAGACUUAGUCGCUAAUGCUCUCCUAGACCUCGGGAUCACACGUACCGUGAAUUUGAAGCGCAAUGGUCAAAACAUCCCCGUCACAAAGGAAAAUCGACUCGAGUACAUUAUUCUCGUCGCGUAUUACCGACUCACGCGGCAAAUCAAGAUGCAAUGCGACGCCUUUUUCGAGGGUCUUUCUGAGAUUAUUGACCCCAAGUGGCUGCGAAUGUUCAACCAGCAAGAACUCAAGAUACUUGUGGGUGGUGUGGAGGAACCGAUUGACCUUAACGAUCUGCGUGAAAACGUCGUCUACGGUGGUCUAUACGACGACAAUCACCCGACUGUGCGCAUGUUUUGGCGCGUCUGUGAGAGUCUAGAUCAGGAGCGACGGAAGCAGCUACUCCGAUUUGUGACCAGUUGUGCAAGGCCGCCAUUACUUGGCUUCAAGGAGCUCAAUCCGAAAUUUGCCAUUCGCGAUGCCGGAAUCGACGAGUCACGCCUCCCGACCGCGAGCACUUGUGUCAAUUUACUCAAGCUUCCACUCUAUCAAGACGAGGAGACUCUCCGCCGCAAACUGCUUCAUGCAAUCAGCGCGGGUGCCGGGUUCGACCUUUCGUGA